CCACUUCAUCAAGUAAAACUUCUUUGCCUUGUUCGAGAUACCAAACAAAGUAAUUUAUUACCAAUAGUUAAUUAAAUAAUAUGUUUACAUUUUUGUUAUUGAUUCUUGUGUUAUCAGCUUGGUCCGAGAUUGGGUGUCGGAAAAAAAAAAACAAACUUUUGGCCAGACAGACACACAGACAGACAAAGUGAGUUGAUAUAGGCUUUGUAAAAAUAAAUCAACACUAUGCUUUUACAGUUCAGAGAAAUAAAAUUACGCAGUUGGCAGCACUUACUAACGUUAAAGUUAAAAUUCCCAGUUCUAUUUAUAGCAUUCAGUUGCUGUGCUUUCUUUUACUUUCAGUUUCAACUAAAUCUAUGAAAUAAAAUCUUGGUUCUUGAAACAAAUUAUUGACCUCUUUAAGUUUUAAAAGAUAAUGUAUGUGCUGAUUGUAUUGUAUUAUGGUGAAAUACUAAAUAAUAAAAGUAUCAUUAUAGCUAUAUAAUUUGUUUACCAGUUAAUAGAAAGUUUGAUUUAUAUAGAAUCAACAAGUGAAUUUUUAAUGCAGAUUGCUUUCUAAUAAUAAAUCUGAUACACUUAAAAAUGGCUUCAGCUGAAUCUAAGAUGGCCAAGGGACUCAAGAUAAUAAAGAAGAAAUAUCCUCAUCAAAAAAAGGUAGCACUAAUGCGCUUAAGGAAAAGCCCACGCAUUGUUUCACGUAAAAGGACCACAGUAACAGAUAAAGAGUCAGUGGAUACCGAGCCAAGGUCAUUAGCAGAACAUUUUUUAAAUGUGAUUACAUCAGAAAACAAUGAAGAAGCGCUUGCUUUGGUAACAGACAGUCCAAAAGACUUGAACGUCACGCAAACGUCUUUAAAUAAAGCAUUACUUUUGGCUUGCAGGAAAGGAAACAAAUUUCUUGUACAAAGUCUUUUACUAAAUGACGCAGAUGUCAACUGUACAGACGCAAGAGAAAAUACACCUUUGAUGAUUUGUGCUAAAAAUGGUUUUGUCGAUAUAGCCAGGGUAUUAAUACUGAAGGGAGCUAACCCUAACUGUCGAAACACUCAAGGGGACACAGCUUUGAUUUUGUCUAUAACAAAACCUGGAUCUCAAGAUAUGGUUAAUUUACUGUUAGAACAAAAGGAAAUAGAUUUGUUAGCAAAAAAUAAUUUGGGCAAAACAUGUUUUAUUAAAGCAAUUGAAAUGUUGGAUUUUGAUAUAAUUAAAAUACUUUUGUCGCAGUCUGAACACAGAUAUCGAGGUCUCUCAGGGUAUAAAAAGUGUAUUGUUGAUGCUGGGCUUGUUGCCAAAAAACUUGGCUUUCUGAAGAUAUUCAAUUACAUGUUGAAAAAUAUUUUAAAGAAGGAGUCUGCUUUGAAUGCUGCAGUUUUAAACAGUGAUUUCAAAAGUUUAAAAUUUCUUCUAGAUUAUGGAUGGAUAAAGAAAAAGGGUAGAUCUAGAUAUGAUGAAAGUUAUAUUAUGAAAGCUCUGGAGCUGUACAAAAACAAAAAACAUAGUAUCAAUGAAAGUGAUAUCGAAAUAGUAAAACUAUUCAUAUCAAUAGCUAAUGAUGAGUGUGAUCAAUACGGAGAAAACACCAUUCUAUGUCUAGGAGUGGAACUUGGAAAUAGUCCUCUAUUAAAGUUGCUAUGUCAAUAUGUUAACAAAAUAUAUUCGGGCAAAAGUUUGAGUGAUAUAUACUAUAAUGGCUUGGAAACUUUACUGAGCAAUUACAAGUAUGAAAUUCUACAGAUUUUCCUUGAAAACAGGCCAAAUUUGAUGUCAUUGUGUAACACAAGAGACCAUUUGAUUGAAGAUGCUUUAAAAGGUGGUGCAGUUGAGUUCGUUGAGUUGUUUUUAAACGAGCAUAGGGAAAUAAAUGUAUUCGAGAGUCUUUUGAUAACUAUAAAAUGCUGUCAACUGGGCUGUUUGAACGUACUUGUUGACAAAUUUGAAGUAAAAACAAGAUUGGAGAUCUCCAAUAAAAGAUCUGUUUUUUUACACGAAGCAGUUAAGGCCGGAAACAAAGAGAUAGUAGAACGAAUAAUUUCUCUGGGUGCAGAUGUGAAUGCUGUUUAUAAGGAUAAAUCCCCUUUAAUGCAUUGUUCUCAUAAUGAGAUCGCAAGUUUGCUUUUGUCUCAUGGAGCACUAGUUACAUUAAAAUUAGGAGUUAGAAAGCUGAGUGCUCUUUUGAAUCUCUUUUCAAGAGCUCAAAGCCAUAGUUUUUUCUCCAGUUAUAAGAAGGCACAGUGCUAUGAAACGACUUUGGAACUGACAAAGUUGUAUUUAAACCAUGGAGCAGACAUCGAUGACAAGGAUGAUGAUGGUAAAACUGCUUUGAUGUUAGCAUCCUCGAUAGAACAUCACGCAGGGGUCAUCACCUUUUUACUUGAAUCUGGAGCAGACUACUCUACUUUCGACAAUGAUGGUCACAAUGCCUUAUACUAUGCCAUUAUUAAAGGAAUCAAGGUAAAUGUUGAGGCUUUUCUCAAGUUUCAGAUAGAUGUUAAUGCUCAGUGUAGCUCUGAUGGAAUGACAGCUUUACAUCUAGCAGCAGAGUACAGUAACAAGGAAUUGUUACAAUUAUUAGUAAGUCAUAAAGCAGAUAUUGGGGUUGUAGACUUAAACGGGAACACAGCUCUGAUGAGAGCAGUUAAACGAAAUGUUUAUAGAUCUAAUAAAAUGGACACUAUUCUGUAUUUGUUAGAUGCAGGAUGUGAUGUUAACCACCGAAACAAAGAAGGUCAAACUGCAAUAAUUCUUGCUGCUGAAGAUUCAAACACAGAACUAGUAACACUGUUGUCGGAGAGAGGAGCAGAUUUAAAUAUCAGAAGUUUAGUGAAUCGAAAAAAUGUUACAGAAAUAAUGAUUGAGAAAACUGUUUUUUCUUCAUCCUAUUUUACAAGAGAAUCGUAUACCUGUACUAAAAACUUAUUGGAGAAAGGUGGGUCCGCUGCUAAUGUUCAGCAAACCUGCUUCUUUGAAUUAAUUUCAGAAAAUCAGUUUUAUCUCAUACAAAGAAUUAUAUUUGCAGGUGGAAGUCCAACUGAAAUUUCAUCAAGUCUAAUAGAUAGAUAUGCAUAUAAGCCAUCCACGAUGGUUUCUCCGUUUCGUUACGCUCUGAUAAAAGAGAAUUUCAAUCUUGCGAAAUACUUUUGGGACAUUUCUUUUUUAACACCUUCAGAUUGCUCUUACCAGCAAUAUACAGAUUGCCGAAUGUAUUUGAGUGAAGUGGCUCGUUCGAAAUGUACAGAAUUUGUGGAUGAACUCUAUUCACAGCCAAUGUCUUUAGAAAAGUUGAGCCUGAUAACAGUGUCAUCGCUGAUUGGACCUGGGAUAACAAGAGAGGACAAGGUCAAAACGUUGCCACUUCCUAAUAAGUUUAAAGAUCAACUCUUGUUCAGAACUGAGGGUACUUUAAGAACUGACACUGAGUGUGAGGCUAGUGAUAAACUAGAUGUUAAACAUUACAUUUCUUUCUUAAUUAACCGUGACAUUAUUUAUGUUUCCGACUCUGAUGAAAGUGAUAAUUAUGGGCAUUAUUAUUUUGAUCAUUCUUAUGAUUCUUCUGAUUAUUAAUAAUUCAGACAAUUUAAUUUAAGAAAAUGUCUUUGAAGAAAACAUUAUAUCUGUUUGUUCUAGCAACUAGUUGUCUUUGUAUCUUGCAUAUGUUUCAGUGUAUAAGGUUAGUAUAGUAUUUAAUUCACCUGUUGUAUUCAAUAGUUUUAACAUUGUAUUUUUUAUGGUUACGUUAUCGAUAAAAACUGAUGCAAACAUUUUCAGACUUUAAAAAUUCUUAUAUACUUCACAAGCUUUUUAAACAAAUGUUACAUCUACAACGCUUCCGCCGGUGGUAAUGGACUGUAUUACCCACAACAAAAUAUAUUAGAUUUCCGAAAUAGACUAAAAUGUAAGAAUAGAGAUUGUAGAUCGACGCUGUCUCUAUCUUAUUCAGUAAUAAGAUUACAUUUGUAGAAAAAAAUCAUGACUUGUGAAUUGAUAAAGAGAAUGUUGUAGUAAAGAAUAAAUUUAAAAAAUAUUGUCCAUAGCAGGAAAUCUGACAAGUGUCAGUAGUAUAGAAUAUCUCGGUGCUAUCGUCUCAGUUGAAGGAACCAAACCUGACCUACUGGCCAUAGCUGCUCAGUCCACAGCUGCACUUGCAAAACUCAAACAAUACUGAAAGUCAAAGGCGUAGCCCUCUACACUAAAAUCUGACUAAUGCGCUACCUGGUCAUGGCCACAUUCGUAUAUGCUUGGAAAUCUUGGACGCUGUCUACAGAACUAGAGAGAAGAAUCCUAUCAAUAGCAUUAAGAUAUGCUACAGAAAGAUCCUAUGUAUGACACACAGAGAUUGUAUCACAAACCAAGAGAUUAAAAACAGGAUUAAUACAGCUAUUGAACUACACGAUGACCUGCUAAGUAAUGUAAAAAAAAAACCGCUGACUAAAACUCUAUAGCCGUAUCAGAUGGACCUUAAGGCUCUCAAAGACUUUCCUUCAGAGAACAGUACCAGGAAAAAAAGAGUCAAAGAAAGCGAUAGGAAGACAACAUAAAUUGACGGGCCUGUCAUUGAAAGACAGAGAAACGAAGAAAGACAGUCAACUGAUCUUGUGUGGUACCCCAAUGGUACACCAGACCGAAAGAUAGGUGAUUGCUCAUACCAUACUAAAUUCUGAUAUUGAAGCGAUAAGACAACGUAUGCAUUAAAACUAGAUUUUGAAUCUAAUAAUUCCUUAUAUUAUUUCGAAAAUUAGAAUCGUAUGUAAUUUAGUUUCAUUCAAUGGUGGAGAUAAAGUUAGGUAGAAUAGUGAGCUGAGUCCUUUUCUCCGUCGUUUGUUUGUUCAGCAUCAACAAUGUUAUUAUUUAUUAGACAAUUAUUGAUUUGCUUUUCAGUCAAUUCUGUCACACUAAGAUACCAUAUUGUGUUGAAUAGAUUUAGAAUAACAAUAAAGACAAUUUGGGGCAUAUUUCAGACAUUUUCUUUCUGUUGAAGUUGUAAAGCAAUGUCUUGUCCUAAUAGAAUUAACACUAAAAUACAAAUUUAGAAGAGAACAUAGCAUAGGCCUACAACCACUAUCAUUUUUGUUUAUAUCGGUAUGUAAUUAUUUCUUGUUACUUAUGUUUUACGAAAGUUGCAUUGUUCUAAAUUUAUUAUAGUAUGUAUUAAAUUAAAAAUUGUAUAAUAUUUA